GGAGGCCACUGGUAGGGUUUCGGAUUCACACGGAGCGUGAGUCCGAACCGGAACCUGAGUUCCCAAGCUUGGGCAAUGGUGUCUGUGGAGUAGUUAGAUGUCCGGUGAUGUGUAUAUAUGUCUAUGUUAUUGUGAGGCAUAUGGCUUCGGGCGCCUUUUGACCCAUUUUGUUUCGUGACGGGGUGUAAUAAUUACCCCUUACCUUGUACUCAAGUACUCGUCGAGAAUCGCAGUUAGAAAUCCGUUUCGAUUUGUGGAUAAACAUGCCUCCCGUGCAGCUGGAGAACAGUCAGCUGGUAGUGGCUGGGGGUCCAACUUCUGCCCCACAGGCGCCUCCCUCGGGGGCAGUGGUGGCUACAACGUCCCCCAGUCAUGGCUACCGACUAAGCACACUCAUAGACUUCUUGCUUCAGAGGACCUAUCAGGAGAUCAACGUCCUGGCGGAUCUGCUUCCGAGAAAGACUGACAUGGAAAGGAAGAUUGAAAUUGUGCAGUUUGCCAGCCGUACUCGUCAGCUUUUUGUGCGGUUACUAGCACUAGUGAAAUGGGCAAACAAUGCAGGAAAAGUAGAGAAGUGUGCGAUGAUAUCAAGCUUCCUAGAUCAGCAAACCAUAUUAUUUGUGGACACCGCUGAUCGCCUUGCAUCCUUAGCCAGAGAUGCCCUGGUGCAUGCUCGUUUGCCCAGUUUUGCUAUUCCUUAUGCCAUUGACGUGCUAACAACAGGGUCCUACCCGCGGCUGCCAACAUGUAUUAGGGAUAAAAUAAUCCCCCCAGAUCCUAUAACAAAAACAGAGAAGCAAACAACUCUUCAUCAGCUGAAUCAGAUCCUCCGACAUCGACUUGUAACUACAGACCUCCCUCCACAGCUGGCAAAUCUCACAGUUGCCAAUGGCAGGGUAAAAUUUCGUGUCGAGGGUGAAUUUGAAGCAACCCUUACUGUAAUGGGAGAUGAUCCUGACAUUCCUUGGCGCCUUCUGAAAUUGGAAAUACUGGUGGAAGAUAAAGAAACUGGAGAUGGUCGUGCAUUGGUCCACAGCAUGCAGAUCAACUUUAUCCAUCAGUUGAUUCAGUCGAGACUAUUUUCAGAUGAAAAACCACUUCAAGACAUGUACAACUGCUUGCACUCCUUCUGCCUGUCCCUUCAGCUGGAAGUCCUCCAUUCACAAACUUUAAUGCUGAUACGAGAACGUUGGGGCGAUCUUGUACAGGUGGAGCGUUACUAUGCAGGAAAAUGCCUCACUCUUACAGUUUGGAACCAACAGGUACUGGGAAGGAAAACGGGAACUGCAUCUGUUCACAAGGUCACCAUAAAGAUUGACGAGAAUGAUGGUUCAAAACCUCUGCAAAUUUCCCAUGAACCUCCUCUUCCUGCCUGUGAUUCUAAGUUAAUGGAAAGAGCUAUGCGGAUUGACCAUUUGUCGAUAGAGAAACUGCUAAUAGACAGUGUACAUGCACGGUCACAUCAGAAGCUGCAGGAAUUAAAAGCCAUCAUGAAGAGUUUCAAUACAAAGGAUAACUCUUUCAUCGAAACAGCCCUUCCAACACUGGUCAUUCCCAUCUUGGAGCCCUGUGGCCGUUCCGAGUGUCUUCAUGUUUUUGUAGAUCUUCAUUCUGGAAUGUUUCAGCUCAUGUUGUAUGGAUUUGACCAGUCCACAUUGGAGGAUAUAGAAAAAUCUAUCAAUGAUGAUAUGAAGAGAAUAAUUCCUUGGCUUCAGCAACUCAAAUUUUGGCUUGGACAACAGCGGUGUAAGCAUUCGGUAAAGCAUCUUCCCACAGUGUGCUCUGAGACUUUGCAUCUAACAAACUACGCAACCCACCCUGUUAAUAAUCUCUCUAGGCACAAGCUGUUUAUCAAGCUGACCCGUCUUCCACAGUAUUAUAUAGUAGUUGAAAUGUUUGAGGUUGCUGGCAACCCCACAGAAUUGGAGUAUGCCUACCAUUUCUUGUCUGUUGGUCAUCAAGAUGGAGAAGAGAAUCCACCCACUGCUCUUGUGCUCCAGAAGUUCAAACCAAAUGUAGAGGAGCUAGCUGUAGAUGGCACAUGCCGCAAGCAAGCUAAACCAGGCUCUAAGCGCAAGCUUUCUGGUGAGCAGGGUUCUUCUGAAUGUAAGAAGCCAAAACGAACAGGGGAGAUGUGUGCCUUCAAUAAAGUACUUGCUCACUUUGUGGCUAUGUGUGACUCCAACAUGCCUUUCAUCGGCCUUAGGAUGGAGCUAUCCAACAUGGAGAUUCCACAUCAAGGUGUUCAGAUUGAAGGGGAUGGUUUCAGUCAUGCCAUUAGAAUACUAAGGGUUCCCCCAUGUAAAGGAACAAGUGAAGAAACUCAGAAGGCGCUGGAACAGUCGCUACUUGAUUGCACAUUCCGACUCCAAGGCAGGAAUAACCGUACUUGGGUGGCAGAGUUGGUAUUUGCGAAUUGUCCACUCAACAGCGCCACAUCCAGGGAACAAGGCCCCACACGGCACGUCUACCUGACGUAUGAAAACCCGCUUUCUGAGCCAGUUGGUGGCCGAAAGGUGGUCGAGAUGUUCCUGAAUGACUGGAAUAGUAUUGCUCGAUUGUAUGAAUGUGUAUUGGAAUUUUCCCGUUGUUUACAAGAUAUACCACCUCAUCUAAAUCUCUUCUCUGAGGUCCGUUUGUACAACUAUCGAAAACUUAUCCUGUGCUACGGCCCAACAAAGGGAAGCUCAAUAAGCAUACAGUGGAACUCUGUCCACCAUAAAUUUCAUAUCUCGCUUGGAACCACUGGCCCUAAUUCCGGUUGUAGUAAUUGUCACAAUAUCAUUCUUCACCAGCUGCAGGAAAUGUUCAACAAAGUUCCAAACGUAGUCCAGUUAUUACAGGUAUUAUUUGACACACAAGCUCCUCUCAAUGCAAUUAACAAGCUUCCAACGGUGCCAAUGCUGGGACUCACGCAACGAAUAAACACGGCCUACCAGUGCUUUUCAAUUCUCCCUCAGUCCCCCACACAUAUUCGACUGGCCUUCAGGAACAUGUAUUGCAUUGACAUUUACUGCAAAAGUCGGGGAGUUGUAGCAAUACGUGAUGGUGCCUACAGUCUCUUUGACAACAGCAAAAUAGUUGAAGGAUUUUAUCCGGCGCCUGGACUUAAGACUUUCCUAAAUAUGUUUGUAGACAGCAAUCAGGAUGCAAGGAGGCGAUCGGUCAACGAGGAUGAUAAUCCGCCGUCCCCGAUAGGUGGUGAUAUGAUGGAUUCGCUAAUAUCCCAGUUACAACCACAAGCACAGCAAACACCACAGCAGUUUGCAAAGCAGGCUGGUACAUCGGGUGCAUAUCCUCUUACUUCACCACCCUCCUCCUACCACAAUGCAGUUACACCUUCUCCAUCUAUGAUGCACUCACAGUCACCUGGAAAUCUGCAAAGUUCUCCAAGUGGUGCACUCAGAGCACCUUCACCUGCUUCCUUUGGUCCCACCCCAUCACCUUCCUCCCUUGGAAUUACAAUGGUCCCCAACUCAAAUUUUGCUAGUCCCCAUGGUACAUUAGACCCUAGUUCUCCGUACACCAUGAUGUCACCCAGCCAGCGUGCAGGGAAUUGGCCAGGGUCUCCUCAAGUAUCUGGUCCUUCUCCAGCAACUCGUAUGACUGGGAUGUCACCAGCAAAUCCAUCUCUUCACUCUCCUAUCCCUGAUGUGUCUCACUCCCCACGGGCUGGAACAAGUUCUCAGUCAAUGCCAACAAAUAUGCCUCCCCCUCGAAAGCUACCUCAGCGCUCAUGGGCUGCAUCCAUCCCGACAAUCCUUACCCACAGUGCCUUGCACGUACUCCUAUUGCCUUCUCCUACUCCAGGACUAUCACCUGCUCUGGCAGGCAGCUACCUAUGUUCUCCUCUGGAAAGGUUCCUUGGAUCCGUUAACAUGAGAAGGCAUCUCCAGAGGAUAAUCCAGCAAGAAACGCUGCAGCUUAUAAAUUCCAAUGAACCAGGUGUCAUAAUGUUCAAGACCGAUGUCCUUAAGUGUCGGGUGGCUCUUAAUCCCUCUACAAACCAGACAUUGCAGCUGAAAGUUACACCAGAGAAUGCCGGACAGUGGAAGCCAGAAGAGCUGCAAGUUCUGGAGAAAUUCUUUGAAACCAGGGUUGCAGGUCCACCUUUCAAAGCAAAUACCCUCAUUGCUUUCACAAAACUGUUGGGUGCUCCAACACACAUCCUAAGAGAUUGUGUUCACAUCAUGAAGCUAGAACUGUUCCCAGAUCAAACAAAUCAGCUGAAAUGGAAUGUGCAGUUCUGCUUGACCAUCCCUCCCAGCGCACCACCGAUAGCUCCUCCAGGGACUCCUGCCGUUGUGCUUAAAUCUAAAAUGCUGUUUUUUCUUCAACUAACUCAGAAAACAUCAGUACCCACUGAGGCUGUUAGUAUUAUUGUUCCCAUCAUCUAUGAUAUGGCAUCUGGGACAACCCAGCAGGCUGACAUUCCGCGUCAGCAGAACUCUUCAGGGACAGCUCCAUUAAUGGUCAGCAACAUUCUAAAAAGAUUUGCGGAGAUGAAUCCACCACGCCCAGGUGAAUGUACGAUUUUUGCCGCUGUACGGGAUUUGAUGGCCAAUCUUACACUGCCUCCUGGUGGACGGCCGUGAAUACUAUUUUGCAAUUUGCAUGAUUUUUUUUUUUUUUCCAUCUGUAAAUAUGAACUUGACAAAGGACAAUUUGCCAUUGGGAUAUUUUUUUGUCUAUAAGAACAAUGAUGUGUAAACUUGGCAGAUAUUUUCAGAGAUGCACUUCUUUCACCAGAAAAUAUAUAUAAUUGAUCAAAAAAGAAACAUUUUUGUAUAGCGUGUUUUACUAUACCACAUUUCAAGCAGAGUUGAGGACUUAUAAAUAUCUGCUUACCAAGAACAGAUUUGAUAUUCUGUUUUAUACUGAAAAGAUUAUGAAUAUGCCAAACUGUCUUUAUGUAAAUGUGCUUUUCUUUAAUGUAACAGAUAUUCUUUUGAUUUUUUAAGAAUGAUUUGUCAUUUUGAAUACUGUAAAACUGUGACAAACAUUAUUUAUAAUGAAACUGUAUUUUAAUAUGACUGCUUUAAAUCCUAACAUGAAAAGGAUCUAGGCAUGUUGUAAACAUGUCCUAAAAAGCAAUAUUUAAUAAACUAGAAGAAAUGAAAUCUU